UAAGAAAAAAAAUAAUUUAGACUUUGAAGAUUGAUCACCAUGCCUCUUUUAUUCUUUUAUGCCCCACCCAAAAAGAAUCGAAGGUGGUUUGACUUUAUGAUAGACUAAACAAUUGUUAUGUCUUCAACAAGUCGAGUUCAUAUCAUUGAGUUAUUUGAAUUGUAAUGGGUAGUUCAAUUGAGGGUUAACUUGUCCACACCAAAUGAUUAUUAAGAGAAACUGUGUUCACUUUAAUGUAUUUAUGGUUUUACUUGAUUCUAAAAUAUGAGUGAGGAUUCUUUCAUUUCUUAAAAGGAGUAGAGUUUUGAAAAAUGGAGAGCUUUGUUACUAAAGUUUGUUUAAAUGUAUAAAUGCAUAUAUGUUUGAGAGUGAUAAUAUGUAUUUUGUGUAAUUUGAUUUCUUAUAAUCUCAGCAUUACUAAUUGAAAGAAGAAAAAAAAUCCCUGCCCUCUUUUAAUUAGAUGUUUUUUGUCUGUUUUUAUUUUGAUUGCAACAAUAUAAAGACAACUAUCGCCAUUUUAAAGAUGAUUUAAGAGUUUUUUAUGUCAAUUGAGACAAUAAUUAUGCCACUUCGAACAAUUAUUGUUAAUUCGAUAUUUAUUUCAUUUCAUAUUAAAAGUAAUGUAUGAAAAAAAAUUAAAAUUCUAUUUUAAAAAGAUAGCAACAAAUAACAACUAAGUAGGGUGCACAACUUAACUUAAUAAGUUAUCCAUGCUUUUAUCUAAAUCCGAUUAUUAAAAAUUGAGUUUAAUGGCUAUGUACUGAUAGUGUAAAACAGUUUUACACUGUCAUCCAAUAGAAAACAACCAAUUUACCAUGUCAUUAAAAAAAUUUAAAGAUAAAAGUGUGAUGGAAUUGGAUACAUGGUUGUGAUUAGUUGACAGUGUAAAACUAUUUUACACUGUCAGUGCAUCACCCCUUUUCUCUUAAAAAUUUAAGCAUUUAUAAUAGAGUUACCUUACAAUAGAAUUUACCUGUCUAUUCUUUUUAUAAUACAAUUUUCAUGUUUUACUUUUAAAAGUCUAAGUCACUUAAUCCUACUUUUCACAAAUUUUUUUUACUAUGUGUUAUCUCAAAACUUUUUUAUAAUAUUGUCAUUUUUUUUUUAAUUUUACUACAUAUUCAAUCAAACAUUCUGAUAUCUUUUAUAUUUAUUUUAUUUUCGUGUUAGUUCUCUUUGUGCCCUAGUUGACAUCCUUAUACAAUAAGAAGAGGGUUAAAUAGUGUUCACCCCCCUGCCAAAUAAGCGAUAUUCGGUUUUCCCCCUCAUUAAAAAAAAAUUUAGCCUUGGCCCCUUAACAAAUAAAGAUUCUCCAGAGGGAAACCUUAAUGAGGGAGAUUCCAUCAGAACAGCCUACGUGUAAUGGAUCUUCUGGCUUAUGUGGCAUGGGGGUGACACGGUGGCAGUGUCUUCUCAUAUUUCUUCAUCCUUAUAUACAUAAUCCCCCUUGCAAUUUUAGGGUUUAACAUUGUUAGAAACUUGAAAUGGGGAAGAAGAAGCGUGUGUGUAAGAAAAAGGCUCCGCCACCGUCAAAGGCCACCAAACCGCCGUCACAGUCCAAGCAAAGGAAGAAAAAGGAGCAGGAGGCGGUAAAGCCCAAGACGGAGAAGCAAGUCAGGCAUGCAAACAAGAACGAAGAAGGAGGAACCUCCGUUCGUGAUGAGGAGUUUAACGAUGAGUUCAGUGCUGUUAUCCAAUAUGGUGGGGAGUUUGUGUUUCUGAACGAUGGUCGUACGAUUUAUAGAGGAGGUAUGUCGUCGUUAGUUUCGGGACUCCGUUUAGAAGAGUUUACCUUGGAUAGUAUACAUAGGUUGGUGAUGGGUUGGGGUUACCGUGAAGGGACAUAUAGAAUCUGGACUCUAAUUCGUGAAAUAUAUGAAGAUUAUUUUCAGAUUAGAAAGGAUGAUGAUUGUUAUGACUUUGCUACAUAUAACUGUGUGAAUCGAAUUGACGGGGAACUUUUUAUAGAGCAUGAUGUUGUAGAUAUUGGAGCAACCGUAAGACUUCCUAGGUGUGUUAAUGAGGUUGGUGAGAUGGAAGGAAGUGAUGAAGAAGAGGUUGAGGGGCUAGGUGAUAGUGAAGAUGAGAGGGCCACUGCGCUUGUUGAUGGUUUUGAGGGGAUAGAUAUAAGUUUACCACAGAAAGAGGUCCCAAAAGUUGCUGAAUAUGUUAGUGUUAGUAAAGAGAAACCUUGCGAGGAAGAUGAAUAUGUUAGUGAUGAGUUGGAAAGUUCUGACCCUGAUUUGUCUGACAGUGAGAAAGCUAAAGUCCAAAAGUUUGAAAAGUUCAAAAAGGAGCAUUUAAAUAAGGAUUUUAAAUUUCAGUGGGGUAUGGAAUUCAACUCCCUAGAUGAAUUUAGGUAUGCCAUACGUGAAUGGUCUGUAUUAAAUGGGAGACAAAUUACUUUUGUCAAAAAUGAAAGUGAUAGGGUUAGGGUGGUGUGCAGGGCCACUUGUGGGUUUUUAAUGCUAUGCUCCAAAGUGGGCCACAAGAGGACAUUUGCUAUAAAAACCAUUGUAGACAAACACACUUGUGCUAGGGUUUUAGACAAUAAAUCUGCAAAUUCAAGGUGGGUGGCUAAGAUUGUUUUGAAGAAGAUGCAGACCUCACAAGAUGUCAGAAUCACUGAUAUUAUACAAGAUCUGAGGCAAAAUUACUCUGUAGGUAUAACUGUUUGUAGGGCUUGGAAAGCAAAACUCAUAGCCAAGAAGAUGUUGGAGGGAGAUGCAGAUAGGCAAUAUGCAAUAUUGAGGAGGUAUGCUGCAGAGUUAUUAAGGGCCAGCUCUGGAAACACUUUGGCUAUAACUGUUGAAAGGCCUAACCCAACAAUCCCACCAAGAUUUGGUUGCUUCUAUUUCUGCUUUGAGGGAUGUAAAAAGGGUUUCAUUAAUGGAUGUAGGCCCUUUGUGGGAGUGGAUGGCUGCCAUCUUAAAACAAAGUAUGGUGGUCAAUUGCUAAUUGCUGUAGGGAGGGACCCUAAUGAUCAGUAUUUUCCACUUGCUUUUGGGGUUGUGGAGACAGAAACAAAAGAAAGCUGGAAGUGGUUCUUGGAGCUGUUGAUGAAUGAUGUGGGCCAGAGCAACAGAUAUGUGUUCAUAUCAGACCAACAAAAGGGUCUUGUUGCAGUCUUUGAAGAGAUGUUUGAGAGAAUUGAGCACAGGGUUUGUUUAAGGCAUCUAUAUGCCAAUUUCAAGAAAAAAUUUGGAGGGGGUGCACUCAUUAGAGAUCUAAUGAUGGAGGCUGCAAAAGCCACUUACUACCAAGGCUGGUUACAAAAGAUGAAUGAAUUGAAGUUGAUAGAUCUUGAUGCCUGGACAUGGUUAAUGGGUGUUCCUCCAAAGUCAUGGUGUAAGCAUGCUUUUUCCUUUUACCCUAAAUGUGAUGUACUAAUGAAUAACAUAUCUGAAUCAUUUAAUGCUACUAUUUUAAGUGUAAGAGACAAACCUAUUUUGACCAUGUGUGAGUGGAUUAGGCUGUACUUGAUGAAUAGAUGUUCUGCCUCAUCAGCCAAACUAAAAAAAUGGCCUCAUAAAGUAAUGCCAAUACCUAGGAAGAGACUUGAUAAAGAAGUCAUGCUAAGUGGGCAUUGGUUGCCCACUUGGGCAAUGGAUGAGACAUUUGAGGUGAAUCAUUCAUAUAAUGGUCAGAAGUUUGUAGUUGACAUUGCUAAGAGAAGUUGUACUUGUAAUUUCUGGGAGCUAGUUGGCAUCCCUUGUAGACAUGCUAUUGCUGCUCUAUCUUUCAGACAACAGAAUCCAGAAGACUUUGUAGACAGUUGCUAUCAUAGGGACAAGUAUGCCAUAUGUUAUAGUUUUCCUAUAAGUCCAAUCAAUGGUGAAGAAAUGUGGCCUGAGGUAGAUGCUGAUCCAAUAAUGCCCCCCAUGUACAAGAGAGGUCCUGGCAGGCCUAAGAAAUUAAGGAUUAGGGAGUGUGGAGAAGAAGGUGCUAGAAGAAGGAGAUUACCAGGUGUGUCUUAUAGGUGCACCAUUUGUGACAAAUUUGGUCACAAUGCUCAAACUUGCAAAAGCACAACUCAGAAUCCCAAUGCACUUAAAAGAAAGAAAAAGGUUAAGUUGGAUGCUCAAACUGCUGCAACUCAUGGAGCUGAGACUGGUGCAACUGAUGUUCCCCAAAGUGAUGCAACUGAUGGAGUUCAAACUGAUGCAACUCAUGGAGCUGAGUCUGGUGCAACUGCAGUGACCCAAACUGCUGCAACUGAUGGAGUCCAAAGUGCUGCAACAGAUGGAGUUCAAACUGAGACAAAUCAGACUGAUUUUUUUGGAGACAUUACUGAUGAUGUGAUCUCAAGCCUGCCAGAGUUUAACUCUACCCAAUGCUCUGCUGUGGAUGGAGCCUCACAAAGGAGAGGUAAGAAAAAGAUGUCACCUACCAAGCCAAUCAAGAGGAGGACAAGUGAAAGACAGAAGUUGUUCUGGUUUAAAAAACCAAUAACUGGCCCAGGUGCUACCUCUGAACAACCAAUAUCAGUGACUGAUGAAGAUAACAAUGAUGAGUCAAGGCGUGGGAAGAAGAAAUUGAAGAAGAACUAUUAAGUCAUGAUUAUGUAUAAGUCCUAGUUAUGUAUAAUGCUAGUGAACUUCAAUAUUUUGUUUAUG